CUGAUGCGUUCUUGUCAAGAAUAUGGUAUCCAAAUCUGGUCACCUCACAAUGAACACAAGCUUAUCAUGCAACCUCUUCCCGACGAAACUCCUACAGUUGUCAAUCAAGAGGUCAUCCCACAGUUGACUUCUCAUAAUGUGCCUUCUGAUCAAGCCUUGAUGGCUACUGUUGACACAAACAGUGUUGUUGAAAAAGAAAUUCCGCUAACGCAAUUUUUGCCUACAGCUCAACAAGAAAACCUUGAUGCCGGUUUUGGCAAUGAUGAAGCUAAGGUAAUCAGAAUGGGGGGUGAGGAAACAGGGGAAGGUGUAAUCGAAGAGGCUCAGUUGAAUUCUGGGUGUUCGAAAAAACAAGGCAAAAUGAAGCUAAAUACCCCAGGAGGUGAGAGAGGUAAUAACAGAACUACUGGAGUUAGAAUUGCAAUUCCAAAGGAAGAUAUCUUACGAACUAAGGGAAUGCGUCUUAAAGAUGUUGCAAAUCAUCUCGGAGCUCAACAAGAGAACCUUGAUGUGGAUUUUGGCAAUGAUGAAACUGAGGCAAUCGGAAUGGGGGGUGAGGAAAAAGGGGAAGGUGUAAUCGAAGAGGCUCAGUUGAAUUCUGGGUGUUCGAAAAAACAAGGAAAAAGGAAGGUAAAUACCCCAGGAGGUGAGAGAGGUAAUAACAGAACUACUGGAAUAAGAAUGGCAAUUCCAAAGGAAGAUAUCUUACGAACUAAGGGAAUGUGUCUUAAAGAUGUUGCAAAUCAUCUCGGAGGUACGCAUACAUACACUCCUCCAAGAAAUGAAAACCUCAAUUUUUGUUCUUGUUUUUUUUCCCAACUAGAUAGGUUAGAAGGGCGUACAAAGUGCUCCAAACUCCUACAUGUGUGGGACUUGGGAAAAUGUUCAUGUAGCACCUCUGCAAAUAGAGAAACUAUUUUUCGAGAAUUGAACUCAUGAUCUUAGUUA